AUGGCACGGUUAACCUGGACAGCAGCUCUUCGCCAUGCAGAGUCCCCGACUCGACACUUUCGUCCAUAUUCACCAUAUGCUUCCUCCGGCCUGGCAGAGGUGGUGGCUUGCAGCGGCAUCAACACCGGCCAGUUUGGCCGACCCCAGUCGCCGUCCCGCCGAAAUUUCUCCACAACCCGCCCGAUCCAGCUCCGCGACUUCUUCCCGCCCAAGGACACACCCCACAUCCAGACCACCCCGGCAGCAUGGCCCCACCCGGGCUACACAAUGGACGAGAUGACGGCCGUGGCCCCGGGACACCGAGAGCCCGAGACAGUGGGUGACAGGGCGGCCUGGCGCAUCGUUCGUCUUGCCCGGUACUGGAUGGACAAGGCUACGGGGAUGGAGCGCUCGCAGUAUGUGGAUAGGAGGAAUCCCACCACGGCCCUCAAGGCUGAGAAGCCUCUUACCGAGGCGCAAUGGCUUGUGCGAUUCGUGUUCCUCGAGAGCAUCGCCGGCGUGCCGGGCAUGGUGGGCGGCAUGCUCCGCCACCUCAGCAGUCUCCGACGCAUGAAGCGCGACAAUGGGUGGAUCGAGACUCUCCUCGAGGAGAGCUACAAUGAGAGGAUGCACCUCCUGACCUUUAUCAAGAUGUGUGAGCCUGGCUGGUUCAUGAAGACGAUGAUCAUCGGUGCGCAGGGCGUCUUCUUCAAUAGCCUGUUUGCCGCGUACCUCUUCUCGCCCAAGAUCGUCCACCGAUUUGUUGGCUACCUCGAGGAGGAGGCCGUGCAUACCUACACCAGGGCCAUCUACGAGAUUGAGCAGGGCCACCUUCCCAAGUGGUCUGACCCCAAGUUUGAGAUCCCCGACAUUGCCGUCCAGGUGGGCAUAUCCCAUCUCCCCCCCCCCCCCCCUCGCGGUUCUAUGAUUUCAUCUUUUCUUCUCUUCUUCCAGACGUUGCUGACCUCAGUCCUGGGAAUGCAGUACUGGAAGAUGCCGGAGGGGAGCCGCACAAUGAAGCACUUGAUCUUGUACAUCCGCGCCGAUGAGGCCGGACAUCGGGGCGUCAAUCACACGCUCGGAAACCUCGUUCAGAUCGAGGAUCCCAACCCCUUUGUCAGCAAGUUCAAGGACCGUGAGGUGCCCAAGCCUGCUCUCAAGGCUACCGGCUACGAGCGAUCAGAAGUUAUCUAA